CCGAGAAACAGACACUCUGGGGACCCUGGCACUGCCAAUGCCGGACAUGCUUCUGCUGCUAUUGGCCCUGCUCUGGAGGAGGGAGGGGGCUGAUGGCCAGAGGUGGCCUGAGAAGGGGGUCCAGAAAAUUUACAGUCUGCAAGUGAAUGGCUUGGUGACUGUGCAAGAGGGCCUGUGUGUGUUUGUGCCCUGCAACUUCUGGAACCCUGAGAACUGCAGGUCUGACUUAACCUCAGCUCUCGGCUACUGGUUCCAGGAAGGGGCUGUUGUACACCACGAUGCUCCAGUGGCGACAAACAACCCAGAUCGUAAAGUGCGGGAGGACACCCAGGGCCGAUUUCGCCUCCUUGGGGACCCCCGGGCCUACAACUGCUCCCUGGACAUCAGAGAUGCACAGAGAAGGGACUCGGGGACAUACUUCUUCAGGAUGGAGAGACAGUCUUCUGCGAGCUGCAGUUAUAAACAGAAACUGCUUUCCGUGCAAGUGACAGCUCUGAGCCACACACCUGACAUCCUCAUCCCGGGGACCCUGGAGUCUGGACACCCCAGGAACCUGACCUGCUCUGUGCCCUGGGCCUGUGAGAGGAGCACGCCGCCCAUCUUCUCCUGGACGUCAGCUGCCCUCACCUCCCUGGGCCCCAGGACUCUCCUCUCCUCCGUGCUCACUCUCACCCCACGGCCCCAGGACCAUGGCAUGCCCCUCACCUGUCAGGUGACCUUGCCUGGGGCCAGAGUGACCACAGUGAAGACCAUCCACCUCAAUGUGUCCUACUCCCCGCAGAACUUGACAGUAACUGUCUCCCAGGGAAAUGGCACAGCACCCACAGCCCUGGAAAACGGCUCGUCUUUUUCAGUCCUGGAGGACCAGUCCCUGCACCUGGUCUGUGUUGUCAAUAGCAACCCCCCUGCCAGGCUAUACUGGGCCCGGGGGAACCUGACCCUGUGUUCUUCAAAUCCCUUGAACCCUGGGGUGCUGGAGCUGCCUCGAGUGCAGGAGAAAGAUGAAGGGGAAUUCACCUGCCGAGCUCAAAACCUGCUGGGCUCUCAGCAUGUCUUCCUGAGGCUCUCCCUGCAGAGAAAAGCAUGGCCUUUUUCUGAGAGGCUGCUGGGGGCUGCUGGGGGAGCAGGUGUUAUGGCUUUAUUCUUCCUGUGUCUCUGCAUCAUCGUCAUAGCAGUGAGGUUCUGCAGGAAGAAAGCCACAAGGUCAGCAAUGAGCAUCAGGAACAUGGGCAUGGAAGGUGUAAACACUGUCACAAGGUCAGUCUCUCAGGGUCCCCUGAUUGAAUCCUGGGUAGGCAGCCUUCCCCCAGAUGCUGCUACCCUCUCCUUGGGGGAGGAAGAAGAGCUCCAUUAUGCAUCCCUCAGCUUUCAUGGGACAGACACUUGGGGCCGGCAGGAACAGGUGCCAACUGGUAUUGAAUACUCCGAGAUCAAGAUUUACAAAUGAGAGCCUGCUGAGACCCAGCCCUGGCUUGGGGGAUCUUGGCCCCUGAGGGGCAAAGAAAAAGUCAGUCUGAUUUCUGUAGAAUUAAAAGGCCUGCAGGCGAUGAGCUGUAAGUACACAGCUUUAGAACACAGGCUAAAAGAACACAGGCUUUAGGAACAGUUUCAAGUUCAAAACCACACGCCACCCCUUUACUAAGCAAGUGACAGAUCAAUCCCUACUUUUCAGUGUCUCAGUUUCCCGCUCUGUGAAACAGAGUGAUGAGAACCCCUAGCUGCAAGUUCUUGGUGGGAAUUACAGUAGGAAAAUCCAGUCAGAGCUCCUGGCACAAAGUGUAUGUUGACCACAUGCUGGAUCCCUGUGCUCUGAGCAGAAAAGUCUUCCUGAGAAUUUUCCUGACUCUGGAGGGUUCCAGCAGCAGCCCUCACUCUCGCCUGCUGACAUGCCUCCUCCUGGAACAUCCUUCCCACUAGGUCUUCCUCUGCCCUUGAAAGCCAAGCUCAAGAGGUAGACUUCUGGGUUCAGAAGGGAGUCAAGCAGUGGGACAUGAUAUCUCCCUGUGGAGACAAACCAAACCUAUGAGGAAGGUUCCCAAACGAGUCAGUACAUACAUAUGUAUACAUGCAUAAAUUGGCAAAUUGGUUCCAAAAUUUACAUAGAAAUGUGAAGGAUCUAGAAUAGCAAAAACAGUCUGGUGAAAGAAGAACACAGUUGGAGAAAUAAGACUACUACAGAGCUAGAGAAACCAAGACACUGUGGUGUGGAAGAGAACACAGUCUAAUUAGAGUGUUUAUAUAUAGCUAAUCGAACAGGUCCAAGUCUAUUCAGUUGGGGAAGGAGGAACUUUUUAACAAAUGGCCAUAGAACAAGUGGAUCAAGGUUUGGGAACAAUGAACCUUGACCCCUUUCUCAUGUCACAUGCAAAACAUUAGUCUGAGGUGAAUCAUAAACGUAGAAGUGAAAACUAUAGAGGUUUUAUAAUUGUGCUGCCCAGUGGUAGCCACUGGCCACGCAUGGCAUUUAAGACAUGCUAUACUAGGGGCGCCUGGGUGGCUCAGUCAUUUAGAACAUCUGACUCUUGAUUUCAGCUAGUGCUGUGAUCUCAGGGUCCAGGAUAGAGCCCUGCAUCUGGCUUGCUCCAUGGGGAGUCUGCUUGCUCCUUUUCCUCUAUUCCUUCCCACUCUCCUGCUUGCACUCUCUCUCUCAAAUAGAUAAGUAAUUCUUUUUAAAAAAAAUAUGUGCUACAUUUACAGUACAAAAAAGGGAUAAAAGAUGUCAUUAAUAAUUUUUAAUAUGGAUUACCUGCUGGAAUGAUAAUAUUUUAGAUAUACUAGUUUAACUAUACUGUUAUUAAAAGUAAUUUCACCAGUUUCUUUUUACUUUUUUUAUUAUAGCUCCUAGAUUUUUGAAAUUACAUAUUUGGCUUGCAUUAUUUUUCUAUCAGGCAAAUUGCUCUAGGAGAGAAUUUAGGAGAAUAUCUGUGGGUAUACAAAGAUUUCUCACAGAACAUCCACAACAGUAAGCAUCAUAUGUUUUUUUUUUUUCAUUAAAAACUCUUGUUCAUCAAAAGACAUGAUUAAGAAAAUAAACAGGCAAGCCAUAAACUGGAAGAAAUAUAUAUAAAUAUAUAUAUCCCUGAAACGGGGCUUGAACUUAGACUAUAAAAAGAAUUAUUACCAGUUAAUAACACAAUAACCUAAUUUUUUAAAUGAGGAAAAUGACUUAAUCAUAUAUUUCACAAAAGAAGAGAUUCAAAUGGCCAGUAGGUAAAUGAAAGGUGGUCAACACUGCUGGACAUCAAGGAAAUGAAAUUCACCACAAUGAGAUGCCCUAUCACAUCUGUCAGAAUGGCUGAAAUCAAAAAGCCUGAGCACACCAAAUGUUGGAGAGGGUGUAGAGGAAUUGAAACUCUUGUAUAUUUCUGGUGGGAUAUAAAUUGUACAACUGUGGGUUCUGUACAACAGUGUGGCGGUUUUGUAUAGUUAAACAAAAUACCCACUCUAUGACCCAGAAAUUCCACCUGUAAUUUUUACUCGAGAAGAAUGAAAACAAAGGUCCCACACAAACUUUUGUACAUAAACAUUUAUAGCAGCAUUAUUCAUAAUAAACAAAGGUAGAAACAACUCAAAUGCCCAUCAUCAACAACAACUACAAACCUAGAUGCCCAUCAACAAGUAAAUGGAUAACCAAAGUGUUACAGCAUACAAACAACAGAAUACUAUUCCUCAAAAUAAAAGAAUGAACAGUUGGCCCAUGUAAAAACAUGAAUGAAUCUCAAAAACAUGGUGAGUGAAAGAAGCCAGAAACAAAAGAAUAUACUCUAUAAUUCCAUUUAGAUGGGGCGCCUGGGUGACUCAGUGGUUAAGCCUCUGCCUUCAGCUCAGGUCAUGAUCUCAGGGUCCUGGGAUCAAGUCCCACAUCGGGCUCUCUGCUCAGCGGAGAACCUGCUUCCUCCUCUCUCUCUCUCUGCCUACUUGUGAUUUGUCAAAUAAAUGAAUAAAAUCUUAUAAUUCCACUUAGAUGAAGUUCAAGUACAGAUGAAACUAAUCUAUUGGGACAGAAAUUCAACAAAAGGAGCUGCCUCUGUUUGGGGGUGUGUGGCUGGGGGAUAACUUAAAUAGUGCACAAGGACACUUUCUGGGAUGCAGAAAACAUCCCAUAUCUUAUUGGGAUAGUAGUUAUAUGAGUGUAUGUAUUUACCAAAACUCAUUGACUUAUUCAUGUAAGAUUUCUGCAUUUUACUGUAUAUAGAUAUACCUUUGACAAAAAAUAAUAAAAAUUUUUAACAAUAAUGAAAAGUCUUUAGGUUAAAUUAAACAGUCUUACUUAAGACUGUAAGGUGGGGAGGGGUGGCUGGGGGGCUGAGUCCUUAAGCAUCUGCCUUCCACUCAGAUCAUGACCCUAGGAGCUGCUGCGUUGGGCUCCUUGCUCAGCGGGAAGCCUGUUUCUCCCUCUCCCACUCUUCCUGUCUGUGUUCCCUCUCUAACUGUCUCUCUCUCUCUCUGCCAAAUAAAUAAAUAAAAUCUUAAUUUAAAAAAAGACUGUAAGGUGGGGAAAUACAGGUUCAGAUAUAGAAAUAGUAAAAUGCCCACCUCUGCUGAUGGGUACAUGCAGUGGUUAACUCAGGAUGUAUUUGGUUUUCUUUCAUUCAGAUAAGGUGGUUUUGGAAAUAUCUGUGAAUCUAUGCAUUUUUUGACCCAUAGAUCUAGUGGUUAAGUAAGUGACCACGGAGACAAUGCAAAAAAGAAAUUCAUGGGCAGAAUAUAAAGAAAUGGCACCGAGAUGCAUAAAAGCAUGCACAUACCUAUUUUCAAUCUGCCGGCACACCUCGAAGUUGAUUCAGAAGACAGUGCUGGUCAGCCCAUCUGAGGACGAGCUGUUAGCGGGGGAAGAGGGGCGGGAGGUGCUGAAAACUGGAGCUGGCUCUUCCUGCCCGCAAUGUUUUAACUUUAUUGGGUUUUAGUAGAGCAGAGUGGCACAGUGAAGACUGCUGGGUCCAUAACUUUAUUGUUUUUUUUUUUUUUUCCUGAUUAUAAAAA